AUGUUCAGCCGAAACACAUGCGCUGCUCUCAGAAGAGCUCGAGUUCUAUCAAAUCAACUUGCUCGAACCGCUAGUCCUCGAAUCCAAUGUAUAUCGUCUAGUGCGCCGAAGCACACUAUGGUAACCAGCGUGCAGACGAACGAGGCAUAUGCACGACGGAAGAGAAAAGAUUGUCUAACAAAUUCGCAGUCACAAGCGAUUAAAGCCGCCGGUCAAGUCUGGCUCUCUGGGCAGAUACCCGCAGAUGCACAGGGGAAAUUGAUUAAAGGCACAAUGACUGAGCAGACUCAAGCUAUAAUUAAGAAUACCGAAGCCAUUCUAAAGGCAUCGGGGACUGGGUUAGACAGGGUUGUCAAAGUAGUGGUAUAUGUUAAAGAUGCUAAUGUGAUGCCGGAAUUUGCUUCUGUUUAUGACGCUGCAUUCCCGCAUCGCCCUGCACGGUCUAUGGUUGAAGUGUCUAAGCUGCCUGCUGGGGUGGAUAUCCAGGUGGAUUUUAUUGCUGUCGUUUAG